UUACCCUGCAGAGCAUGGCUACCUUACGAUUAUUCAAAUAAUAUCAUUAUUUAUUGGGUGACCGCUUCCCAGCAGCUUCUUACCAUUUUUAUGAGUGCCAACGUUGACAUUGCCUAUGACACUUUGUUUCCUGGGAUGAUGAUGCAAGUUUGCGCCCAAAUAAAUGUACUCAAACAUCGAUUUCGUCUUACUUUAGAUGCACUGGAAAAUGUUUCCGUCGACAAAAUGGAUCCUGUUAUGGUUAAAACUGUUGAAAAAAAAAUUUUUGCCGAGUGUGUUGAGUAUCAUGUAGAAAUUUUAAGGAUGGUUGAUAUAAUGAGUCAUGUAUUUGGCCCAAUGAUAUUUAUUCAAUAUUCAUUCAGUUCAAUAAUUCUCUGCAGCAGCGUUUACGCGCUAUCUCAAAUGGUGCCCUUUUCGCCAGAAUUUAUUGCAUGCUCUGUAUAUAUUCUCUGCAUGUUCUUCCAAAUAUUCGUCAUCUGUAUGUCGGGCAACCGAGUAACUCUCGAGUUUGCAGAACUCAGCACUGCAAUGUACAAUACAAAUUGGUUCGCACUGAGCAAUAAUGCUCAAAAACACAUUGUCAUGAUGAUGAUGUCGUCAAUCAAACCGAUUAUAUUCGCCAGUGGACAUGUUGUUACUUUGUCACUAGAAUCAUUCAAACGAUUUGCAGAUUUAAGCAACUCGACCUACAAUACCGAUUGGUGUGAUUUAGAUAUCAGACACAGAAAAUCUAUUAUUAUUAUUGUUUCACAAGCAUUGAAGCCUGUCAUAUUUACGUCUGGUUAUUUCGUAACUCUGUCACUUGAGUUGUUCAAAAAUGUGAUUAAAUUGUCUUAUUCCAUUUAUAAUUUCCUACAGUAGUCACAUUUUAUUGUGUAAAAAUAGAACUAGA